UUGUUCUUUUUUUGGAGCUAGAAAUUUCCUAACUUGUGGUCUUUUUCAGAAAACGAGAAGUAUCUUCCUCCAACAAGCAACCAGGCACAAAGAAUACACAACUGAAGGAUUAGCAGCCUUUGUUGCCUUAUCCUUUGUUUUCCACUAAGGAAGAUUCCCUGAGCCAAGGCACUGGCGCUAUUCUCCUAGCACACCACACCUGACUUGUGCUGGGUGGGAUACCUUCACUCCAGGGCAAAUGGGCCCUAUUUUGGUUCUGAUAGCGGCAGCUAUCUGGCAAGGAUCAGCUUCUCCCACCAUUUAUCCUAAUCUUGACAUUCUGAGGGUGAAGAAGGGAGAUUCAGUCACAUUACUUUGCUCAGGGAAAUUCCCUGUUGAGUGGAUCGGAAUCCAGAAUGGGUCCACCCUGAUGGUGUAUGACAAUGGAACCCUCUACAUGCCUAAGGCUAGUUGCAAUCAAAUGGGAAACUACCAGUGUGCUUAUAUCAACAAACCAGAAGAGGAGAUUAGAACUUUAUAUGUGGCUGUGACAGAUCCUACAGAUCCUGACUUGGUGUGGUGUGGCCUUAGUGAUGUAUAUCCUUCUGUGGAAAAGGGCAGGGAUGCCUUGAUUCCAUGCCUGAUUGCUGACCCAGGAUUCACAGGCAACAUGAUCCUCCUUAAAGAUUCUUCUCCAGUUCACUCAAGAGUCUCGUUCAGUCCUAAGGAAGGAAUGUGGAUUCACAAAGUAGAGCUGAGUGAUAAAGGGUUCUAUGAGUGUAAAGCCCAGGUUCAAGGAAAGUGGGUGAUUUCACACAGAAUUAUCCUUUCAGUCUAUGACAACGAUCAGCCUUUGACAGUUACUAUUGGAGGACUAGCAAACCAUCUGCGGUUACAAGGAGAACCAUUCAACAUUUCCUGCAGAGUACAAUAUCACUCUCAUGAAUAUAAUGGCAAAUGGAUCUAUCCCCUUACUGCAAAUGCCAGCUGGAAUAUAAUGGAUUUAGAUACCGGAUUAUCUCAGUCAUACGCCACUGAUUACAGCCUAUUCAUUCCAGCAGUGCAGUUACAAGACAGUGGAAUAUAUACUUGCCUUGGGGAAGCUGCACAAUUACAUGUAAAUGUUUCGGUUACUCUCCAGGUGCUAGAGAAAGGGUAUCUGCACUUGUCCACAUUACAGAACAGAAUUCAGGAGACCAACAUGCAUCAAAACCUGAAUCUUCAGGUGUUCAUUGAUGCUUAUCCUAGACCUUCAACAUAUAGAUGGAUACAUCAUCAGGACUUUCCAUCAGGAAAGUCCACAGUGUCUGGUGAUAUGAGCUUUGGCAAUCACAGACAUAACAAUACACUCAGGUUGAAUUGGAUGGAGGAAAAAGACAGUGGUGAAUAUAUAUUUUUUGCAGACAACGGGGAAGCCAAUGCAUCUAUUCAUUUUCACGUCUCUGUGAAAAUUAAACCAAAAAUUACAAUGUUGACCAACCUUUCCAGUAGACUCCAAUGUGAAGUAACUGGCUAUCCUCCUCCACAUAUUCAAUGGUACAAAUUCCCCUCCCACGUUGAUAGAUGUGGUCAAUAUGGGGCCCUGAUUUUGAAUGACUCCCAUCUAGAGAUCAUGAGUAAAAUUCCCUUUGUCAGAGUGUCAUUGAAGAGUGUCCUUAAGGUGGAGACGGAGGACAGUGAAACCAUUUGCUGUUUUGCAGUUAAUAGUGCUGGAAAUGACUCCAGUUUCAUUAAAUUUUCUGUUGAUAAGAUUAUUGGAAACGAGAAUGAAAAUUCCAAACUACUUUAUGCAGGCUUUGGAGGCACAAUGGGUUUUCUUCUUCUGUGUAUCAUCUUCUUAGUCUAUAAGUAUAAACAGAAACCAAAAUAUCAAGUCCACUGGAAAAUUAUUGAAGCCUGUGAAGGAAACAAUUACAUCUUUAUUGACCCCACCCAGCUUCCUUACAAUGAGAAAUGGGAAUUUCCUAGAAACAACCUGCAAUUUGGAAAAAUCCUUGGAGCUGGAGCUUUUGGGAAGGUGAUUGAAGCCACCGCUUUUGGGCUGGGAAAGGAGGAUUCUGUCUUGAAGGUGGCAGUGAAAAUGCUGAAAUCAACUGCACAUACAGAUGAGCAAGAAGCUCUUAUGUCUGAGCUGAAAAUCAUGAGCCAUUUGGGUCAUCAUGAAAAUAUUGUCAAUCUUCUAGGAGCAUGUACCCAUGGAGGGCCUGUCCUUGUAAUUACUGAGUAUUGUCCCUUUGGGGACUUGCUGAAUUUCCUGAGAGAAAAAGCUGAGCAUCUCAUAAUCGAGGGUUUAACCUUGGAAUGCACUCUUGAUAGCAUGAUGGCUGAUUACAAAAAUAUCUACCUUGGAAAAAAGUAUGUCCAAAGAAGUGAUAGUGGACUUGGAUGCCAAAGUGUUGACAGUUAUUUGGAAAUGAAAUCAAUCAUAGCAUCAGUGCCUAUGCCAUCACAAGGAACAAAUUUGGUAUCAACUGAAGGAAAAGAAGACCUACGUUCUCUUGAUCUCUUUGACUUGCUGCAGUUCUCCAACCAAGUGGCCCAGGGAAUGACUUUUCUGGCUUCAAAAAAUUGCAUCCAUCGAGAUUUGGCAGCACGGAACGUACUAGUGGCUGAUGGACUAGUGGCCAAGAUCUGUGACUUUGGGCUGGCCAGAGAUAUUGUGAAUGACAGCAAUUAUGUUGUCAAAGGCAAUGCUCGCCUCCCAGUGAAAUGGAUGGCACCAGAGAGCAUCUUUGAAUGUGUCUACACAGUACAGAGCGAUGUGUGGUCGUAUGGCAUCCUUCUCUGGGAGAUAUUCUCCCUAGGAAGAAGUCCCUAUCCUGGUGUGAAAGUGAAUAAUAAGUUUUAUAACCUUGUGAAGGAAGGAUAUCAUAUGGGGAAGCCAGAUUUUGCUCCAGAUGAUAUGUACAAUAUAAUGACGGCAUGCUGGAAAUUGGAGCCCACUCAACGGCCAACUUUCAGUGAAAUCUGCACCUUAAUUCAGAAGCAGCUGGAUGCCAUUAAGGAACAGGAUUAUAAAAACUUGUCCUGCCCCAGAGAAGAGGAAGACAGUGGAUGUGAGCCUGCCAGCUACUUUGACGAAUCCUGUGAGUCAGGAGAAGUGGAGCAACCCCUUCUUAACAGCAACAAUUAUCAGUUUUGCUAGGGUGUGUGUUCUGGGCCUUCUGGAUGAUGGAAGCCCAACUGAGCUUGGGCUUGGAUUUCAUGCAACCCCAUCCCUUUUUGAGGCUUUUCGCAUCAGAAAAACAAGACAGUCAUUCGUAAGUCACAGACUGGGAUCAUGCCUUGCACUGACAGCAGAUUCCUAAAUUCUCCAUUCUAUCUGAUUCUAAUUACUGGCAGGAGGGCUUUAUCACAGUUGACAGCUUAAGGUAGGCUAUGUAGGACGUUGGAGAAUCGGUGCAUCAAUUUUGCAGAAUGGGAGAGAUUGUUAAGCGCAAUCGCAGAAAACAAGGCUUAACAAGGCAGAUGGACUUCUUUUCUUUUCUCCACACACUUUCUUCUACAAGCUAUCAAACCUAUAAAGUAUAAUACGUGAGAGGGAAAAGAAUUAGAUUACCCACAUUUUGAACCAGACGGGGGUUGCGCAGAGCAAGAACAGAGAACAGAAAGAAUUAGAGGCAUUCCCAUUGUAACCUGCCGUUCUACAGUCAUUUCUUGUAGCUUAGGUGGGCAGACUGAAAUCCAUAGCAGAUAACCAAACCAAAAGGGGACAUCGCUGGAAGACAUCGCCUUUGGCAGUAGGAGGGAUUGUUGAAGAUAAGGAGGAUUGUGGGAAGAUUUCUCGAGACACACUGCAUUCAUCUCAUCCUUGAAACAACCUCCAAACCUGGAAAAAGAACCAAAAUUGUACCAUUCUGUCACUGAGUUUUGGCAUGGGUUGAAAGGAUGGGCCAAAUGUUGUCCACCUAUCAUAGAGAAGAAAACUGCUGGGUCUAUAAGAAAAUUAAUCUAAUUCUCCUACACUUUUUUUUUAAAAGCUUCAAGAAGUGGCAACUCUAUUUUUCUCUCAUUUGGGAUUACCAUUUCAGAACAUGCAAAUUACUUGGUAUUAAUUGUUUUGCUAUCUGAAUAUUAUUACUGAAAGAAGGGAGUAUAAGCCACUCACUGUCGCUCUGUAUUGAACUGGCAUAAAACCCCCAAUAAAUUAAUUACAGAUAGUCUGCAACUUACAAUCAUGAUUGAGCCCAGAAUCUAUGUUGCUAAGUGAGAAAUUUGUUAAGUGAGCUUUGCCCCAUUUUUCGACUUUUCUUGCCACAUUUGCUAAGCGAAUCACUGCAGUUGUUAAAUUAGUAACGCAGUUGUUAAGUGAAUCUGGUUUCCCCACUGACUUUGCUUUGCUUUGUCAGAAGGUCACAAAAGGGGAUCGCAUGAUCCUGGAACACUGCAACCGUCAUAACUAUGAACCAGUUGUCAAUCAUCCAAAUGUAAAUCACGUGACCAUGGGGAUGCCGUAAUGGUCAUAAGUGUGAAAAAUGAUCAUAAGUCACUUUUUUCAAUGCUGUUGUAACUUUGAAUGGUCACUAAAUGAACUGUUGUAAGUCGAGGACUACCUGUACUAUGAUUUUCAGUAAAAAACAGUUUGUUAGCUAAGAUUAGAUUUAGAUAUAGGUUCACUUGUUAUUAAAGAGUACUUUAUAAUAUAAUCUUACAUAUGUUUAUUUCAAAUCAAAGACUAUUAAAUGAAAUCAAACUUAUUUCCAGAUGAACAUAAUAAGAUUGUUGCCUUUACAUUUACUGAUUUUCAAUGUUUAUCUAUUAGAUGGGAAUAAAGAAUAAGUGUAAAUUACUUUGGGUCACAUCUUUUUGACCCUAGAAAAUUUUUUUAAAAUCUGUAUUAAUGUGGUUGGGAAUGGGAUGUAAUUUCAGACAUGGAAGAUAGCUAGCCUACCGUAAAUAGAUGUAAUUUCUCCUCCAGCAAUGCAGAUUUUGUUCCUGUCUGUUAAGAACAUUUUGAACUGUGUUACAAAGUAUUACAGACAAAAUAAAAAUCCCACCUGACUGCCAUCUCCAACUUAAUCUAGGCUGGAUCUAGGCCUCCUCUCAUCCAUGAGAUCAAGUUUCAUUUCAGAAAUGAAUUGUGUGAAAAGAAAUGGAGGAAGAUAGAAGAAAGGUCAUUACUCCGUUUUGGCUGUGGCUUUGUCCACAAUUAAUUUCUAGCCUGUACAAGAGUUAACUUUUCUCAUGAGUUAGCAGUCCUUCUUGGUUAAAAAAAAAAAGAGUUGAUUCCAGGUUAGAACUAGAAUACCAAGAAUUUGAUGAAGUAGAAUUGUUGUUGUUGAUCUUUCUAAUCUUUUUGGGAUUACCCAUACCUGGUAUGCAAAAAAAAAAACAAAAAACCCACUAGCAAUUACUCUAUUAAAUGAAUCAUGUGCAAUGCCAAGAGUUUAUAUUGCUGAGCGUAAAGCGAGGACUUAUUAUUCAGUAGAUGGUUUACUGUUCCUCACUAUACUAUUACCACCUCAUUUUUCACUCCUCUUUUGCCUAGCCUAAACCUCAUAAUAGACACAACUACAUCUGCAACAAUAGGGGGCACUGAGGUUUAAAGGGUACAUUUAGAAAUGAGAUUGAAAGUAUUGUUGUAGCUCACAUCAUCUAAGGAGCCUUUAACACCAGAAUAAAGUUCUGGGAAAUUUUGAAAUUAAGCUAGUAUUGUACACGUGCAAUAAACUUUAGAAUAAUUGGUAAAAUGGAAACUUUACUUUUCCUCUAGUUUCCGUUUUAUCAAUUAUUCUAGAGUUUAACGCAUAUGUUACAAUACUAGCUUAAUUUGACUACUAGCUUAGUCUGGAAAAUACCAUCCAUCUCUUGAUGGACAGCUUAUCUGAUGGGAUGAUGCCACUCAGUCCUCCCACCAAGUGUAAGGAGAAUGUAAUCAUUCACAUAAUGCUGAAUUAGAGUAAUGUGAGUGCAGUAAAAGAGUAGUAUCUGAAAUUGUAGCUCAGUGAAACAAUAGAACUGUACACUUUUUGAGUUAAGAGGAUGCAGCUACAUUCUAUCUUCAUAUUAGAUUAUUGUAACAUAUUAGUCAGUAGGCAGCGUUUUAAGUCUUAAUUAGAACCUCAGUUACACAACACAGCUUGUUAUGAACUGGAAGUGGUCAUAAGAAUCGUCUUGCUACUUCAAUUAGCUACCGAACUACCAUUCCAUUUCUGAAUACCAUUUAAUGUGCUAAUGUUUGUUUUCAAAGAGCUCAGCAGGAUCAGAAGCUUACAUGGCAAAAUUCUAAUAUUAUUUGAGUCAGGCUUUCUAGCAUAUUAUAUAUAGUCUUUAUUAUUAUGUAGGAUUUUAUCAAUAUCAUUCCUUAUUCUGUGAUUAAACUGAUCUUUUAGUUUCUUGUAUUUAUCUGCCCUUUGUAUUACUGAGAAAAAGUAUAGUUAAAUAGUAUUCUGUAAACUCAAGAGGGGAAGCAAACUACUGGCAACAUAAGACUACUGACGUUAGGUAUUUUUUCCAAGCUGUUUUUAUAAAUAAAGGAUUUUAAAAAUAUCCUAUUAGAGGACAAAUGGGCAAUCGGUGUGGGACAUUUAACAAGUAUUUGUUUUUGUAGCAUGCAUUACACACGGUAUACCUGAAACACUGUGGCAAUUGUACGUAUUGUAGUUCAUAUGCACAAACUGCUAGGACAGAUAUUUUACUGUCUUUGAGCUGCACUUCUAUUUGAGGAGGCUGUGCAAAGCAUCACUCUUUAGAAUUGUUAAAGCAGAACAAUUGUUUACAAAGUUACAAAGACCAUAAAGCAGAGCAAUUGUUUACAAAGUCCAUAAAAUUGUUUACAAUUUUUUUUGUAAAUUGUUUAUAAAGUCCAUGCAUUCUUUAUCUAUUUAAAAAAGGUUCUCCUACAUUGCACUCUCUUUCAGUUAGCACAGUCCUGUUUAUUUCCCACAGUAAAGGCUUUAAAUUUGUAGUAGAUCCGAACAGCUCCAAAUAACUGGAACGUUUUACCCACUGUUUAAUAAUUGCUCUGUUUAAUAAUUUUUAGACAGGUUUUAUGUAAAAGAUUAUUCACUUUGCUAAGCAGUCACCCCUGAAGCUCACAGAAAUGAAAUAUUCAUGAUGCUUAGCCAUAAUUGUCUUAUGUAAAUUACAAAAUCCAUUGAUAGAGUUACACGGGGAUCAUGCUUUUUUAACUGCACAAAACUCCAGCUAACAGAGAUUACUCGUGCUCACCAGAUCAUUAUUAAAAAAAAAAUAACUGCUGUUUCAAGCAUCUUAAUGUAACAAUUGCAUAAAUGUGAAUUUAUUUGUAAUUCAACUAUCUUGAAAAAUAAAUCAAUUUGAUCAAGUAA